UCGGACCCCGACUGUCUAACGGGAGAACACACCUCAAAAAUGGCAAGCAGCCUGCAGCUCCAGGCCGUUGCACUGGUCGUGUUGCUAUCGCGGCUGGCGCCGGUGACACCGGCGUCAUCUCAGCGGCAGCAGCAGCCACAGGCGAUGCCUCUCGCGCGGCCGGGAUGCCGGGACAGGUGCGGCAACAUCACCAUCCCCUACCCAUUUGGCAUCGGCGCCGGCUGCUACCGCGACGACGGCGUCGGGGGCUUCCAGCUCCUCUGCGACGACACCCGCUCCCCUCCCCGCCUCACCUUCUACAGCAUCAACCAGCUCGCCGACCUGUCCCUCGCCGCCGGCGAGGCUCGUGCCUACCUCAACGCGACGCGCAGGUGCUACAACGACACGGGGGGGCUCGUCGACCGGAACACCAACCUGUCGUACAUGACCCUCAUCGGUAGCCACUACCUCUUCUCCCCGGUCAAGAACCGCCUCGUCGCCACCGGCUGCCCCAGCCUCGGCUACUUCGUCGACGCGGAGGGAUCGUUCGUCAGCGGCUGCACGUCCGUGUGCCGGCCGUCGCAGUUCACCAUCCCAGGGCAAGGGUCGUGCACCGGCGUCGGGUGCUGCCAGAGCGACAUACCCCCCGGCGUCAACUUCUACGAGCCCUACACGCUAAACUUCUUCGAGCGCACCGACGUGUCGUCGGUGUCACAGAGGUGGCAAGACCCGACGCCCUUCUCCACAAAUUUCACGACCUGCCGCUACGUGUUCCUGGUGGAGACGGCGUGGUUCAGCUACAGCGACGCCGCCUUCUUCAGCCGCACCGACGACUUCGCCGUGCCCGUCGUGCUCGACUGGGCCGUCCGGAACGUCGGCAACUGCACCGCCGCCAGGCGCAACGCCACGGACUACGCGUGCCGGAGCGCCCACAGCGACUGCGUCGACUCCAUCGGCAACGGCCACGGCUACCGCUGCAACUGCUCCAAUGGGUACGAGGGGAACCCCUACCUCGACGGUGGAUGCAGAGACAUCGACGAGUGCAAUCGCAAACACGAAUACCCAUGCUACGGAGACUGCACAAAUCAGCCGGGAACCUACAUUUGCGAAUGCCCUCCGGGAACCACUGGGGAUCCCUCCAAGCAGAACGGUUGCCGGCCCAAGGACAAGUUCACGCUAGCUCUCAAAGUGGUUACAGGAGUUAGCGUCGGAGUGUUCCUGUCAGUAUUCAUGUGCUUCUGGCUCUACCUUGGGCUCCAGAAGAGGAAGCUCAUCAGGACGAAGCAGAGGUUCUUCGAGCAGAACGGGGGUGUGAUCCUGCAGCAGCAGAUGCGCUCCUACAGCAGCGCCGGCGCCGGAGCAGGCGGGUUCAAGAUAUUCUCCGUGGAGGAGCUCGAGAAGGCGACCAACAACUUCGCCGAUGACCGAGUUCUCGGCCGCGGCGGGCACGGCGUCGUCUACAGGGGCGUGCUCGAGGACAAGACGGUGGUGGCCAUCAAGAAGUCGAAGAUGAUGGAGGAGGCGCAGACCAAGGAGUUCGCGAGGGAGAUGUUCAUCCUCUCCCAGAUCAACCACAGGAACGUCGUGAAGCUUCUUGGCUGCUGCCUCGAAGUGGAAGUGCCCAUGCUGGUCUAUGAGUUCGUCUCCAGCGGCACUCUCUACCAUUACAUCCACAAGGAUCUCAAGGCUGACAAAACCUUUGACACCCGUCUCCGGAUAGCGGCAGAGUCAGCCGAGGCACUUGCGUACAUGCACUCGUCUGCGUCGCCGCCGAUCCUCCAUGGAGACGUCAAGACGGCGAACAUUCUGCUUGAUGACAAGCUCACCGCGAAAGUUUCAGAUUUCGGGGCAUCAAAACUGGCACCCAGUGAUGAGGCCGAGAUUGCAACGUUGGUGCAGGGGACCUGCGGGUACCUGGACCCUGAAUACCUUAUGACAUGCCAGCUAACGGAUAAGAGCGACGUGUACAGCUUUGGCGUCGUCCUGCUGGAGCUUCUAACCAGGAAGAAGGCACUCUACUUCGAUGGGCCAGAGGAAGACAGGAGCCUCGUGUCAUGCUUCAUGACGGCAAUGAAGGCUGGUCGGCAUGAAGAGCUUCUUGACAGCCAGCUGAGGAACGAGAUGAGAGCCGAGGUGUUUGAAGAAAUUGCUCACCUUGUGAUGCGAUGCUUGAGCAUGAGCGGGGAGGAACGGCCGACGAUGAAGGAGGUUGCUGAGAGGCUGAGGAGAUACCAGCAGCACCCGUGGGCUCAGGCUCAUGUCAAUCCGGAGGAGAGGCAAACGUUGCUUCCCAGGGAACAACAGGAUCUUCCUUUAUUGUUCAGACAGCAAGAUGUCCUCGAUCUUGAAGAGGGCAGCACAUAUACAUACAGUGUGUAGAUCGCAAUAUGUGUACCACUCUUUUAGUGAAUAAUCGAUUCAACUUGGAUUUUUUAGGAUGUAAUUAUAAAAAGGUGCGCACAUGUUGAAGAAAAUUAAACAAACAAAUAAAAAAAGUUUGCAAGUUUAA